CCCCCCCCUUGUUGUUAUUGUCAUUUGUUGUUGUUGUGGUUCUCAUCUACACGAGAGCUGAUGAAGAAUAUCACCCUCCUCCUCGGCUCUUGAUAUUUGGGGCGUAAAGUACAAGUCUAGCCUGGUAGCUUUAGGGUGCCCCGAGCGGGCCGUGCGUGGCACAGCGGGUGCUGUGUGAGUCAUGGCUGCCCGUGUUGCGCUCGUCUGCCUGGGCCUGGCGCUGCUCCUGGGGUCCAGUUCUCUGGGCCAGACCGGCGGCAGACGGUGGGGCGCGGACGCCCAGGGAGCGCCGGCGGCGGCUGCGGACAAUCAAACAACAACGAUGCCCCCGGACGAGUCCCCGGAGGUCACGCUGGCCACGCCGAGCGCCGCCGCACCGAGCGUCGUAUCCGAGGCCAAGCCCAAGCCCAAGACCAAGCCCCUCCUGCCCAUCGGCGGCAGCUGCUUGGGCUACUACGACGUGAUGGGUCAGUGGGACCCACCGUUCAACUGCAACGCCGGCGUCUACCACUUCUGCUGCGGCUCCUGCUUCUACCGGUACUGCUGCUCCAGCAAGGUCCAAGUGCUGGACCAGUUGGCCUGCAACAACUACGACACGCCCGUCUGGGCCAACACGGGCAAGCCCGUGGCCCCCGUCACCGAGGCGCCCGAGGAGCCCGAGGCCGACGUCACCCACAUGAUCGUGUACAUCAUCUGCGGAGUGGUGGCCAUUAUGGUGUUGGUGGGCAUCUUCACCAAGGUGGGGCUGGAGAAGAGCCAAGGAGGGGGCCGGCAGGACACGACCAACUCCAGGACCCUGACGGAGCUCAUGAAGCAGCCGGGAGAGGGGGGCGUAGUGGACAGGACGGGAGGCCAUCACCCGAUCGGGACCAACGGCAUCUCUGGCAGGCCCCUGCGUACCAAUAACGAACACAACCACCUGAACAACGCCGCUCUCUCCCCCCUGGGUCCCGCCAUGGCCCUCUCUCACCCCCACAACAACCUGGGCCUGAACUUCAACAAGUACACCUCACUCAAGGCCUUGGACACGGGCCCCCGGGACUACUACAAGAGCUACCCCAUGAUGGAGUACAGCAUGCGCCAGACGUCCAGCCCCCCCACCUUCCAGCCCAUCAUCGCCUUCCACCCCAAGGACAAGCCCUUCCUGCCCCCGCCGGACAUCCACGCCCCGCUGGCCAUCACCGCCACGGCGGCGCAGCUGCCAAAGCCCAAGAUCGCCAAGACCAACACCCACCCGCUCACCUCCGCCUCCGCCUUCAAGGUGUGGGACCCCAGCAAGAGUCACGUCCAGCACCCGCAGGUGGUCCAUAUGAACCAGUCCUUCCAGCAGCAGCAGCAGCAGCAUUCGCAGCAUUCGCUGCAGCAUUCGCAGCAGCAUUCGCAGCACACGCUGCAGACACUGCAGGCACUGCAAGCGCAGCAGCAAGCGCAGCAAGCACAGCAGCAGCAGCAGGGCCUGCCCAACAGCAGCCGGCGGCAGGGGCAGGCCGCCUACACGAACGUCAAGAGGCAGUUCAGCAUCGAGACGCUGCCAGAGCUCUUCUCGCAGCCGGCAGCCCUGGGCUACGGACAGUCGCCCCACAUGCACCCUAAGCACAAGGGGCUACCCACGAACAGCAAGACAGAGGUCACGGUCUGA